AUGAUAAUGAAGUCGCAGUAUAAAAGAGGCCAAGCUUUUAUAGCAGCUUGUCUAUUGAACACUUUACUGCUGGUGGCAUAUUACUUGUCUAGAAUAAGUUCGGAGGACCAUGAGUCGAAUAAAGAUUUCACAGAUAUUACUGUAUCGUAUGAUAGCUUAUUGUCAGACCAAUUGCGAUCGCUGGUAGAUCCUAAGCAAACUGAAUUUAAGAGAAUAGUAUUUCAAACGAGUAGUGAUAGUACCAAAUCUAGCAAAUGGAAGUCUUGGUCGGAAGAUAAUGGGUUUGAAUAUCGGUUGUAUACUGAUCAAGAGAUGGAAGAAUUUAUUAGAAAUACUAUCAAUAUCGAUCAAAUAACAAUGGCUUUCGAAUUAAUGUCGCAUAACGUUUUGAAAGCAGAUUUCUUUAGAUACCUUGUAUUGUUCUACUAUGGUGGGCUAUACACAGAUAUAGAUACAGAGCCAUUAAAAUCUUGGGAAGAUUGGCAAUCUGUGUUUGAUGAUGAAGAAGAUAAAGCUAGUUUGGUGGUUGGUAUUGAGGCUGAUCCAGACAGAAUUGAUUGGAAUGAUUGGUAUGCCAGAAGAGUUCAACUAUGUCAAUGGACUAUAUUAGCCAAGAAGGGAAACCCUAUAUUACAAGGAUUGGUCAUGGAAAUUGUUAAAAAUACUUUAGAAUUGAAAUAUACACAUUUGGAUGACGCUAUGGAAUGGACUGGCCCAGGUAUAUUUACAGAUGCCAUAAUGAAUAAUUUAAAAAUCGAUUGGAAAACUUUGACCGGAUUAAAAGAACCAAAAUUGAUUGAAGAUGUUUUAGUUUUACCAAUUACUAGUUUUUCACCAGGAGUUGGUCAUAUGGGUUCAGGUCAGUUAUUUGAUAGAGUUGCAUUAGUGAAACAUUUUUUUGCAGGUUCAUGGAAAAAUUAA